CCGCGCCAGGGGGAGUCCGGGCAGGAGAUUCUGCGGGUGAUGAGAACCAUUGAUGACCGGAUAGUCCAUGAGUUGAACACCACAGUCCCCACCGUCUCCUUCGCUGGGAAGAUAGAUGCCGGCCAGACCUGCAAGCAACUGUACCAAUCUCUGCAGGACGCUCACUCCUCCCGUGACAAAGCCAUAAAGCGAUGCAUAGCCCAGACCUCCACGGCCGUCAAUAAUCUUCAAGCGGAAAGAUUAAAAGACUCUGACAACCUAGCGCUAAUUAAACUGCUGCGGAAAGAGCAGUCUAAGUUGAAAUUUCUGAAGUCGGAACUGAAUGUGGAAGAGGUUGUCAAUGACAGAAGCUUGAAGGUGUUCAAUGAGCGCUGCCGGUUGCACUACAAGCCCCCAAAGACUGAGUGACUCAGGGACAAUAAAUCUGCUGCUGACGGGGGCAUCGUUCAACAAAAACCAGUGGGGGGCCCCUGGCAACAUUGGGGGCCCGAGGAUCUGAAGCCAAGGGCAGCUGUGUUUUAAUUCUCUCUGACUUGGUGCAGCUGAACCUUCCGGCUUCCCUUACUUUCACGAAUUGAGAUCAACGUUGGUGAUUUAGAGAAGAAAAAAAAAAUGGCAUUUUGUACCAGAUCUGUGACAAUGUUUUAUAACCAUUAAAUAUCAUUAUUAGAGGGGUCUGCCGCUCUCUGCCCAGGGGCCAACUAUUGCUGUUGGUUGUGUGCUCUGUUAGUGUAACUAUGGGGGCCCCUACUCCCAAUAGGGGGCCAAUAGAUUGAAUACCAUGAGGGUCAGGCCAAUGGGAAGCUGCUUGCU